GAAGCUUUUCUCAUUAGUUCAUAAGACUGUCAUCUCUUACAAACAAUAAAGUGACUGUAAUAUUUUUUAGCAUAUUUAUUAAUAUAUAAAAUAAAUAACAGUGAAACAUUAGAAAGAAUUUAUGUACUUACCUUUAUUGUUAUGCAACAUGGUUCAUUGACAAAUGUCUUUUGCUUGCAUUGUGCAUAUGAUAAUUAUUCCAGCAACCAUCUGUUACAUUUAAAGUCCUACACCAUUGAAAUUCUUUCAAUGGAAAUGAUCAGUGGAAUUGGAAUGUAAUUAACUUAUGAGUUCAUAAAGUGGAUAAAUCAACAAUUUUAUAGUGAUCUACUGAGCUGGAUAUAAGUAACAUGAAGCAGAUGAAUGUGAUUUAUUUUAUAUUUCUAUGUUUAUUAUUAUCACUAACGAAAAGUGGAGCUAAUGAAGAUCAAGUUACAGUGACAAAAGUUCCGGCAGGUCAUAUAGCUGAACUUCCAUGUUUGAGCAGUGAUGAUCAUCAUCGUUUUAUGUUUUGGCACCUUACUGGUAAUAACCGCAUUAUUGGGCCUGGAAAUUUAAUGGAUGAAAACAAAUAUAAUUAUGAAGUGUUAACAGGAAAGCUUUUCAUAAGGGGUGUAUCAACAGCUGAGUCUGGUUUCUAUAAGUGUUUUUCCAAAGGUAUAUCAGAUCGUUCUAAUAUCACUAGUAAUACUAUUGAAUUAAUAGUUAAGAAAGAUUGGGAAGAUCUUUGGGAAAACGAUUUUGAGACAAAUUUAUUACGGGGUAUGGCUGCUGUUAUGGUAAUAGUUGUUGCUGUAGCUAUUGUUCUUUUCAUUGUCACAACAAAAAGGAAACACAAUCGCAAUUUUUUUGAUUUGGAAGAAUCAAGAGAAAAUUCUCCCGCAAAAUAUACGCCAAAUAUCUAUACUGUUCCUCCACCAUCUAUGUCUAUACCAACAAUUGAUGAAGGUGGUAUUGAUAAUGAAGCUCUUGAUAUUGAUUUCCCAAGAGUAUUUAAUCAAAUGCAAAAAUAAUGAAUAAUUUUGUAAUAUAUUCAAAGAAAUUUUGUUUCAUGGUGAAUGCAACAUAAAGACAUACACACAUACAUACAUAGCCAUAUUUAAAUUUAUAUACAUAUACAUUGAUUUAGGAAUUGUGUCAUGAAGACAUAAAAUACAUAAUCAUUUCAUAAGUAAAAAAAUAGUUUUAAUAAAUGUUUUGUAGAUGAAAAUUCUCUUGUAACAUAUUGUAUAUAUAUUUAUGUAUAUAAAUAAUGAUUAAAUAGUUUAAUUAUAUGUUUGAGAAUUUGCAGCUGUUC